GCGCGUGCUUUCUCGUGAUCGCGCACGGCGGCGUAUUUAUAGAAAACUAGAACGCGUACGUGCGCGCGCACGCGUUCUUUGUGAGGCAGCGAAGAGAAGCGCCAAAAGAGUGGCCAUGGCUGAUGACAAACCUAAGGAAACGGUCAAGACAGAAGGUAAUGAACACAUAAACCUGAAGGUGGCGGGUCAGGAUGGCUCCGUAGUUCAGUUCAAGAUCAAAAAGCACACACCGCUCAGCAAACUCAUGAAGGCCUACUGUGACCGGCAGGGACUUUCAAUGAGGCAAAUCCGAUUCCGAUUUGAUGGACAGCCGAUAAACGAGACAGACACGCCGGCACAGCUGGAAAUGGAAGAUGAAGAUACAAUCGAUGUGUUCCAACAACAGACCGGAGGACAUGUUUAACGGAGCCCAAGGAUCAGCAGUGUUCCUCCUCACCAGAACAAACUUUUCAGUGAAGCGCAGCUGCUGCUUCUCUUCAUCCAGAGAGAAGAUUUUGCACAUGAUCCGCUUCACCCAUCUGUACAAUGAUUCCAUGUCUGCUCCUGUUACUUCAGUUUUUUUAUACAUAAACCAGAUCACUCUGCAAUCACUCAUUUCUUUGUCUAUGUGCUUCUGAAUAUCUGCAUUUGAAAGGUAUAUAUGGAGACAUUAGACUGUGGAUAAUGUGGUUUUAUUUUUGGGCUGCCCCUUUUUUUAAUGUUUAAUUUUAUACAUUUUAUAGUCGCGGAUAUGUUGAAAAGGAGUUCAAUUGGCAAAGUGGUAAAUUUUUGUGGGAGCUGAAAAGUGGAUGUUGUCAUUAAUGAAUAUAUGUUUUAUCUAUUAAAAUAUCUUUUUCC